AGGGGGUUAUUGCUUUCACUUGAGAGCCAAAGAAGGCAUCGAGUGCAGGGGAAGGAUUGGAAAUGGGGGAUGUAGCUGCAAGUUUGUUGAAAACAUUAAGUACACCUCUCCUACAGGAAGCAGUUUUCCUGUAUGGAAUAGGGGAACAAGUCGACAGGCUUAAGGGUGAGUUAAGGCGGAUGAACGCCUUUCCUCAGAGAUGUGGAUAUGAUAGAAGACGGUGAUAAAGGACCAAAAAAUUUAGUACAAGAAAUAGGAGAUCUUGCGUAUGAGGCCGAGGACAUCAUCGAAACAUUUGUCCUUCAAGGUAUGCAACAAAAUAGAAGGGGAUUUAUGAGUUCUUUGACAAAUUGUGCGCGUUUGAUUUUGCAGUUGAGAGGUCGCCACGAGGUGGGUACGAGAAUAGAAGCUAUCAGUAAUAGGCUUGGCCAUAUUGCAAGGGUGAGGCCUGUCUAUGAUCCAUCACAAAGCAGCAACUUGGGGGAAGCCACAAGUUCUGGAGCCCAAAGGUUCAGAGAGAUGAGAAAAACAUCACCUCUUGAAGUGGAACGGGAUUUAGUGGGGAUUGAGGAGAAGGCGAAUUUUUUAAAGGGAUCAUUGCUAGAUGGAGUGAAGCAACGCUGCGUGGUUUCUGUGGUUGGCAUGGGUGGAGUUGGUAAGACGACUCACAAGAAAGUCUAUAAUGGAGAUGAUAUAAAGGUACACUUCAAUUAUUUCGAUUGGGUUUGUGUAUCUCAGACUUACGACUUAAUUGAGAUAUUUCGUGGCAUGAUCAAGAAGGUUUUAGUGUCACAUGAGGGCUUACAAAAUAUGGGUGAACAAAUGUCGAAGGAGGUUCAAAAUAUGAGUGAACAAAAGUUGAAAGAGGUUCUGCAUACUCAUUUGAGCACAAUGAGGUAUUUAGUAGUCUUGGAUGAUGUAUGGGAUAUCCAUGCUUUUUGUAUAAGAGAAGCGCUACCGGAUGCGAAUAAUGGCAGUAGAAUUGUAAUAACAACCAGAAAAGAGGAUUUGGCUAUGAUGGUGGAAAGGAACACCAUCCAUGGUCUUACACCAUUAUCAAACAAAGAGAGCUGGGAGUUGUUUUGCAUAAGGGCUUUUGUAAAGAACCAUGAGUAUUGCCCAGAAUAUUUGAUGUCUAUUAGCCAUGGCAUUGUGGAAAGAUGUGGAGGGUUACCCCUGGCACUUGUCGUAAUUGGUGCUCUAUUGUCCAGGAAACUCGUGUUCGAGGAUACAAGGACAACAUCAGAAUGGCAGAAAGUGCUUGACGUAUUCAGCCAUUAUCAAGAUAGAGGUGAGGUCGAAAUUUCCAAGAUACUAUCAUCAAGUUUUUUCGAUUUACCUUAUUACCUUAAACCGUGUUUUUUAUAUUUAUCGGCUUACCCAGAAGAUUUCAAGAUUAAAGGAACAAAAUUAAUACAAUUAUGGGUGGCUGAAGGGCUCAUUGAGAAGAGAGGAAAUGUAUUGGAAGACAUUGCAGAGGACUACCUUGAAGAAUUGAUUAGUCGGAGUAUGAUACUGGUGGAAAGAGUGAGUUCAAGUGGACGCAUCAGAUCUUGUGCUAUGCAUGAUCUUUUGCGUGAAGUGUGCUUAAGCAUUGCUGGGGAGCAGAACUUCCUAGGGGUGGUUGCAGAUAAAGAUAACAUGCCCUCUCAAAGGGCUCGACGCCUUGUUUUCCAUAAAAGCAUUGAUGACCAUGUUUCAUCCUAUAAAUCUCCUUCCAAAGUUCGUUCAUUCCUCUUCUUUCCACAUACACUGCACACAUGCAUUUCCAAACAUUGUCUAUUCAAUGUUAAGCUAGUUCGAGUAUUGUUGCUUGAGAAUCUUACUCUUAAAUGCGCACCGAAAGAAAUUGGUAAGUAUAGCUCUUGUGAGCUACUUGAGUUUUCGAAGAAGUUAUUUUCAAGCCCACCAUUGGCUCUUGAGAAAUUGGAGCUAUAUGGAGAGUUAGGGAAGCUGCCAAGCUGGUUUGGGAGCCUUCCGAAUCUCACCAAGCUGGAAAUGCAUUGCAUUGUCGAAGGCUUUCCUCGACUCCAACGCAUGGUACUUAUCGGUUUAUACCAGUUAGAGAAGUGGAAAGGAUUGGAGGAAGGAUCCAUGCCAGACCUUCACACUUUGAAUAUCCAACAUUGUCCUAGCUUGAAGAUGCUUCCAGAAGGGUUAAAGCACAUUUCUACCCUCCAACAAGUGAUUUGCAGUAAAUUUGGAGAAGAAUUUAGUGGGAGUGUUAGAUGA